GUUAAAAGCCUGGUUUCAGUUGGGCAAACCCGUUAACUUGCAAUAUAAAUUGCCUGGAACCCAUCUUCGGGCGGAAACCCUAGCUUGCCGCGCCGCCUGGAUCGAGCAGCCGAGCGACUAAGCGAAGACUCCCUUUUCCCCGAGCACAAGAGAACCAUGGCGGCGGCGGCAGUAUACGGCGGCUUCAAGGGGAAGCUUGGCGUCGAGGAUGCCCCCGAGCUGCAGCUCAACCGCAUCCGCAUCACACUCUCAUCCAAGAACGUCAAGAACUUGGAGAAAGUUUGUGCGGAUUUGGUAAAGGGAGCCAAGGACAAGCAUUUGAGGGUUAAGGGACCUGUCAGGAUCCCUACUAAGGUUCUCCACAUCACCACUCGCAAGUCCCCUUGCGGUGAAGGAACAAACACAUGGGAUCGGUUUGAGUUCCGCAUUCACAAGAGGGUGAUUGACCUAAUCAGCUCCCCUGAUGUGGUGAAGCAGAUCACCUCCAUCACAAUUGAGCCCGGUGUUGAGGUUGAGGUGACCAUUGCCGACGUGUAAGGACGUGAAGUUCAGCAAUGUCAUCGACAAUCUUUUUCUUUGUGCUCCCUGUGUGCUCGCAAGAGAGAUUUUGAGUUAUUAUUAGCAUACAAGACUUCUUCCCCCCUAUAAUUCUAUGUUAGCUGUUUGUCUGAUCUAUGGCCUGUUCAACUUGAAAUUUUGAUUCAGUAAUCUUUAUGUGGUGCUAAUUGAACUUGGAUCGCACCAAUCGUCUUGUGGAUCAUUGUGUACAAACUGGUUGUCGAACUU